AGGUUUCUAGCAAUGUCUGGAGAACACACGCCAAGUUUAAGCGACGAAGAAGAGGAUGACUUAGAUUGCACGAGCUCUCAGCCGCAACUCCCUGAACUCCAAGACACCUUGUCAAAAUGGACAAACUAUCUUCACGGAUGGCAAGAAAGAUGGGUGGUCUUGAGCGGCGGCACUUUGUCGUACUAUAAAUCAGAGUACGAUACAGCGUUUGGCUGUCGAGGCUCUAUGAGCGUGGCUAAAGCUACAAUUCAAGUAAGUUCGUACUUGUGGUAAGCUAAUAUCUGUAGUAUCUAUUUAGUAAAGCCGGCAUAAUAUUUAAGGUUUAGAGAUCCAAUAUAAUUGUUGCGCUAAAUUUAAACGUGACGAAGAUGAUAAGAGUUCUUGAUUUAAAAGAUAAGGCGUAUAUUCAUUUUUCACCAGGCAUAAACUUAAAUUUAUCUGAACACAUGCAUGAAGAAGUUUUGCAAUGUGUCGGCGCACGCGGUGAUGUUUUUGCUUUGGACGAAAAAAGAGGACCUUGUGGUUAAACCCUCACGUGCAUUGUUUAUAUGUUGCCUUAUGUUAACACGAGGAUUAAAAUAUUUCGUAUUUGACAUUUAACUUAGUUUUGAAUAUUAUUAAAAUGUUUUUUGUGGUAGCUACUUGUAAGCUUAAUAUUAUUCAUCUUUUCGUUCUAUGCAGAUUGCGUAGUUGCUUGUAACUCAAUGCCUUCACAUGCCGCGUGUUUGCCUCCCAUUGUUUUGAAAUUUGAGGCCCACUUGUAGAUUAGUGUAUUAUAUAUUCCCUUUUUGAACCUUAAUGGCAAAAACAACAUUAAUAUCAACCUAUUUAUUUUCAAAGGGAUCUUUUAUCUUGAAGCUACAAAAAAACGUUUCUUACUGGUAAAUAUUAUGAAAGGUUUCCUUUUCUACGAAAAUUUAUUUUUAAACCUACAGUUGUUCUCUGAGUGAAGAGGAAGUUCUUGUGAAAAAAACGAGUAAAUAAAAACUCUUUGCAUGGGAAAACUACAUGUAAAACUGACUUUAUCUGAGGAUAAUGCUAAACUUAACUCACUUAUCGCUGGAGGUUUCCUAUUUGAACAAAAUUGAAUUUUAUGUAUAAACCUACUGUUGUCCUGUUAGUGAAGUGCAAGUUCUUGAUAGAAAAGAAUAAAAAGCUUCUACAUGGGAUAAUUAAAACUAAAGAUGAUUGAAUACAGGAUGUCAGUGUCUUAAUAAAAUUUACUACUGCAGUCAGAUCUCGCCUUGAUGUUUAGUAAAGGAGGGUACAGAUCUAAGUGAAUGUCAGGUGGGACUACAUUUUGUGGCGAUUGCUAUAAAUUAAGGUGGCUAUUGUGUAUUUUCUGAAGUGUAGCUAGUGAGUCUUCCCUGUUUCCAUUAUUUAUCAUUUUGGCAACAUUCUGGUAUGCCUAUGGUCACAUUAAUCUUGGGCACUAAACUAUGCCUUGCCUGAAAUAUGAGCACAUUUUUGUCAAUUUUCAGGUUAGUAUGGAUGAUUAAAGUACUAGACAAAAUUAGUUGAUUCAAGGGUUUUCUUUAAGUUUACGUUCCCUUAAUCCCUAUACUAUGAUGUUGUUCAUGCAAGUUAUCAGCCUGAAAGUUUUAUCUUUAUUUGUAUUUAUGUAAACGAUUACUAAAGAGUUACUAAUAAGUAAUCAAAUAUAAUACUAAAAGCAGUGAACAUAUGCACUAAACAGUGUCACAGUUAAAAUAUUCAGCAUGUUCUUCUACUAUGUUUUUUUUUCCUGAAAUGUUAGAUCUCUUGUGGAAUGUGUUAUUUUCCCAAUGACUUGUAGGUCAUGUGAUGUUCUCAAGGGAUUUAACCCUAGGGUAAUAUUACAAUGUACAUGACCCACAGUGGGAACCCAAAACAUUUUAGGAGUUGACCGUAAUGCCUGGUUUCCCUUUGGCAACAAACUUUGGUUGUUGUUGAAGAUAGCUUUCUUUUCCAAAAACUUUAAACUUGAGUGCUUUUAUACUGAAUUAUACUAAUGUGCUGUGACUACUUUACAGUCCCAUUUUGUCAUUCAGCACAACUAGAAUUUAUUGAUUUUCUUGCUGGGCUAGUAAGUUUUUAAAGCUCACUUGCCCAAAUAAGCAAGGUUCUCAAAAAGUCAUUUAGAAACUAACUCAUUAAGAAAGGCGAGCAAAAUGUGUAAGAGUUUGGACAAGCUGGAAUUAAACUUUAUUUUUCUUUCAAGCCCUGCUGUCAACCUCUUGCUGAUCAGAUUCUCAAAUCCUCAAUUCCCAUGAUGUUCAAAAUCCCUAAGUUGAUAACAUUCUUUUAAUUUGUUUUUCGCAGCCCCAUGAGUUUGAUGAUUGUAGAUUUGAUGUGAGUGUCAACGAUUGUAUGUACUAUUUGAGAGCACCUGAUGCAGAAACAAGACAGAAAUGGGUGGAUGGACUUGAAGCUGUCAAGGUUGGUCAAUGAUUGCCAUAUGCAUUGUUUUAAUGAUGUAUGUGAAUAUUUAAUGUUAAAAUAAUUUGGGAGCUUAUUAAUUCACCUAUGUGAGUGUUACUUUCUUUUCAGGCUGCAGAAUCUGGUUAUGGCUCAGAGUCAAGUCUAAGGAAAGGUGGAUCAAUGCUAUCUCUAACAUCUGUUACAAGUUUAUCUACAACAGCAUCUUCUUCUUCUUUUAAGGUACUACAGCUGCAGUUGUGUAUAUUAUACAUUAACUGGUCAAAAUGGUUUUUCAAACGAGCCCUUGCUGGCUUGAGGUAAACCUCAUAAUACUUCACAAGUUUGUUGAGUUGGAAUGACAGUUAUCAGGUGUAAUGGCAAACCAUUUCUAUUUUAUUUGUGUGGUAGAAUAAAAUAACAUUAAACUCAAAGAAAUGAUUUCAACCUAGGUUGAUUCUUAGUAUUAUUAUUUUCCUUUGUCUCCUAACCCUAAUAUUACCAAAAAGAUUUUUCAUCUGCUCUGGCAAAGUUUCCUAAACCCUUAUAUAUUAUAUAUACCAUAUUUGCUAAACCCUAAUAUUCUUCAUGAUCAUGCAGGACUCGAAAUUAACUUUUUCAUUCAGGUGCCAGCUGGUGACUAAAGGAAAAAUUUUGGUGGCCAAUUCAAACUUUUUGGUCACCAGUAUAUGACUUCGAGGGAGUACGCAGUUAUGUCCGAAGAAAAUGCUAGUACACAAACAGACAUCCGUAUUUCAUCAUUUGGUGAAAACUUUUUAUCAGACUAAAAUCCUCAUACACCAAGGAGAGAUCUCCAUACAUUGUCCCUAAAAUAAAAGCUUAUUCAUUGGCUUCACUUCUUUGCAAUGUCGUGAACUACUUGUUCCGUGAUGGCAAUGUGUCAAUCAAUUUUUUCAAUCAGUUCCCUUAUUGAUACCUUUUUACUCUUCCUUUUUUUUAUCCUGUACAUUCAUUUGUACAUCAUUACUGUUGUCUCAAUGUUAUUUUCUGUAUGUCAGCUCAUUCGAACAAAGGUAUAGUCUUGAAACUCUUUAUGGGUAUUUCUGACGAAAUGAAGUCCCGAUGAUCGCCAUUAAUGAAACAACAAUCUUGGAUAUUAAGGAUCACAUGAUCGCAUUGCCAUUCCAGUAAAGUUUGACAACAUAAGUGGUAAGAUGAUAGCAAAAAAGUGUGCUGCACGUUCAGAGUUUUUGUUUUGCUUUCAUAUUUUCUUGUUUUCAUCAUCGUUGUGGUUGAUCAAGUUUGCUAGUAGCAUUACCAAGCAAAACAAUGUCUGAUAAACGAUGAUUUCAUUAAAAAACAGACAAUUUAAUGGAAAAUGCAUGAUAAAAAUGACGUCUGCAGGAACCCGUAUAGAGGCUUAACAUUAUCAUACAAGGAAAUUUAAAAAAACUACACUACGCAGAAACCUAAAAAAUACUAGACUAAUAUUGUCAAAAUGCUAGACUCUAGAAAUCAAAAGAAAGACAAUACCAAGACCAUACAACUGACGAGGUGUUGUACAUUUAUUUAUGCCUACAAACUGAUGUACAGGCCAAGGAAAUUUAAGAAGUCAAGACCAAUACUAAAUGGAGGAACUGACCUACGGUGAAAUGUACAGUUUAUAAGAGGAACGUAAGAAGAUGUGAGAUAAACAUAGUAAAAGGAACAAACUGACUUACCUUGAAAACUGUGUACAUUUCAGGUGUUGGCUUAUCUAUAUACUCUUCCCUUAACAAAAAGUAAUUUGUCUGUUGGGGGUUUGAGUUGCUGAACAAGACGGAGUGCUACUUUGUUUUUCCGUGGGGAAACACAUUGCUAUAUGAUUAGAGAUGUGAGUUAAGGGGUCAUCUUAUUGAAAUAUAAGGUGACUCACCAACUGACAACCAGGUCUUAAAAUGUAGUCGUCAUUGGCAACCAGUGAGUUGCAAUUUUAAGCCCUGUCAUGAAUAAUUAAGGCUAGGAGACAAAGAAGAUUGAGAAUCAAUAUACAUACCUAUAUGUAGGUGCCAUUCAUUUUGACCUACAACAUUUAUUUUAUAACUCUCAUUCAAGAUUUGGUUCUUACAUCCUUUUUUUAUUAUUAUUUGCAGAAAGGGAGGGGCUUGCGUGAAAAGUUGAUGGAACUGGAGACAUUUCGUGAUAUUGUUUGCCAGCAAAUAGACACCUUACAGAGCUACUUUGAUGCAUGUGCUGGUACUGGAGCAAACCACAAAUCUCAACAUGCUGAUAACCAUGACCAUGACAUCUUUGGUAGUAACGAUGGAUGUAAGUCAUAGCCUUUAAUAAAUGAAGGUUGGGAGCCCUGUUUCCGAGGGUGCUGAGCAAGCUGAGCUACCUACUUUACAGGCAACCCAGCUAUGAGCCCACAUGCCCUGACUUCCCCUCCCUGGCACCUUACACACUGAAAGUCAUCACUUCCAGUGAUGAAAAAGGACAUGAGAAAAAGAGGGAAGGUUAAGGAUGUAAUCAACUGUGAAAUGGCCAGAAAAGCACAAUGAGGCACUUGAGUAUAGUGUUGCAACUGUAAACACAUGUUAUGACACGUGCAGGAAGGGACUUGCCUGCUAGGCAGAUCAACUGUAGUGCAAGAGCUCAAAAGUGUAAGGCUAAAAUUCCACACACACUGUUUCUGUAAAAAGCUUAUGAGAAAGCUUACUCCAUAAUGUCCUUGACUUGCGUCUAGCUUUCAACAUAUAGUUGUAGGUAAUAGACUCCUUUAAUUACCAAGAACAAUCCUUUGAAAAACAGUCAAAUGAACAAUAUAUUUGAGACAAAUAUUAUCGCAUUCAAGUAGCGGUACAUUCUGGUAUUAAACAUACACCAGAGGUGAGCCAUUGUGACAUAUUGCCUUGGUACAUGUACAGUGUACAUGUAUGUUGCUCCUAAUCCAUUUUCAAACAAGCACCAAUGAAAUUUCUUUAGCUUAAGUCGCUUCUGAGGAUGAAGUCAAGCCAAAAAAAUGAGGAAGCACUGUUGCAAAUUGGGGGAGCAAUCAGAAAUGCCACUUAAAUUCUCUCUCUCUCUCUUAUUUACAACACCGGGCAAACUUAGUGUGUGUUUUUGUAUUUACUAUAUGUAAGCUGUCUGUUAAGCAAGGGCCAUUAAUGUAGAAAUCCACAGUGCCAUGCCUAUUGGCCGUUUCAGAGUUGUGUAGGGAACUGGUGCAAGUUUCAAAUUUAAACUAAUCAAUAAACUGACACCACCACAUAAAAGGUUCAGGGCGGAAAAACGUUCUGCGCAAGCUUCUGCGCAUCCUUUAUCGCAGGCUCAAGGCGGGAAUUUUCUGUGUGUUGACCAUGUUGACUGUGCUUGUUUGUUGCGAGAGUUCUGAGUGAAAUGCACGAGGUGCGAACGUCUGCUCUCUGCAAAGCAUUUUUACUUGACAUGUUUGCUUUUUUUCGUCGCUUGAAAAUUAUUUUGGAUUCAGAACAACCUUUUGUUAAAGGGAAAACCGAUCAUUCCGUCAGUCUGAGGUGGAAUAAAAGGUUUUGAACAUUUCUCAAGAGGCGAGUAUUUUUCUGAUUGUGCAUCCGAUUAAUUUAUGAGUUGAUUUCGCCGGGUUCAAUUAAAACCCGCUGGUAUUCUGUUAUUAGUAGUUACGGUUACUUUUUUUACAUCCCCAGAUUUAUUACCUUUGCAGAACCAGCUUUAUCUUUGUCUUCAGUCAAAGAACCAUAUUACUGUUAUAAUGCAUCAGAGUAAACAAACUUGUGCGCUUAUUAAACUUUCUUGGAAAUAGAAAGCCAGCAAGCUUACUCAAGAUCAUUUUUCUGUUGCUCAAGUAAUAAUAGUCAGAGUUUUUUUCAUUUUUAAUUACAUAGUUUUGUCUUCCAGUGCGCUGUGAAAGUUUCUGUUCUUUAUAAGAAUAACUUUCUGUACGCAAAUUGUCCUUUUCACUCGCUGUGAAGUAGAGAACGACAACUGCCGGCAGUGACUUCAAAACAAUUGACUCUUUUCCCGUAAACAAUUACUGCAGCUUGAUUUGACUGAGGUGAGCAAAACAAACCCUUAUGUGCAAUUUUCUGUAUUUUCUAAUGAUCGGCUGAGUUUAAUUUGCUUAAACGAAGACCCUGCAUGGACCAGUCAAGCUUAUUGAAAAUAGCUAAAUGGUGAAUCAUGGCUUGGCUGCCAAGUUGCAACUGAUCUUUCGCUUUUAAGAUCUUUAGGUAGGUUGUUUUCGUACAGAAAAUUCUUCAUUGUCAGCAAGAAGUUUUUGAAAUAAUGUAACUUUAAGUUUGUUUGAAGGAAAUCCUAUUUACACGUUGGUUUCUGACAGAUGUUAUGCGUGUUCAACUUGACAACACAAAGCAAAAUUUAUAUAUCUGCGCAAAACGAGCAAGUUUAAAGAACUAUAGUUGCUUUGAAACCGAUUUUUGGGAAGAUUUUACUAGAUUAAGAUUGACCUUUUUUCUGCCCACAUAUCAAAGCAAUAACUUCUACAUUGAGGAUUUUGUUUAUAUUUUUAAUAGUGAUCUGCGAAACUACAAGUGUCUGAUCGAGCUAGGGUUUUAAAAUAUCAGCUCGAGUGCGACAAAGUUCAGUGACUUCAAACACAUUGUGGGCAAGCAUUAAUUUUUUUGGGCAAAUCACUGUCGAAAGAUAUGCUGUUUUUGUGUCCACAGUGGAGCUCCGGACCUUAUAUAUCCAGGAACUUCCUUAUAUGAACACAUUUUGUGAAUGCAUCUUGAAAAAAAUCGGACCUACGCAUGCACAUUUCCAGUACAAUGCAAGGAAAUUAAUGUCGUUAAAGUCCGUUUUACUAUGAGGUAUUCUUCGAGAAAAUUAAGUAACGACAAGGUUAUAACCACAGCUUGCAACUUUUGAAAACAAACUGCCUGUUCUUUCCAGGUUAUGAGUGGAAAUAAUUUAUUUUUAGGCAAUAAAAUAUUUGAAAUCCCGCCUUUUUUCAAACCCGGCCAGGGGAUCUGGGCAAAAAGUUCACGCAUGCUCAAUACGUUUUUCCGCCCUGAACAUAAAAGGUCAUGUUGAGACUGGUUAUUUGACAAAGUUUGGUGCUCUAAAGUUGAACAGGGAUCAAGUUAUGACUGUUGAAACAUGGUCUGUAAUUUUGUGACAGCGUCCUCCAAAACCUGCAUAUAAAAUUUUUGAAAAUAUUUUUCAGUUUUUCUGUUAAACGGUAAAAUUCCUCCUGCAUCUACUACUUGGAAGGAACUAAUUUGAAAAUCACUAUGUUUGCCCAUUUUCAGGAAUCUCACAGAAAUCAUGAAAAAAAUUAAAAUUAAAUUAAGAGCUGGGUAGAAUUCCAUCUUACAUCAUUUUCUAGUUCACUAUAUAUCACAUAUACUGGUAACAUUACAAUCCCUCUGUAUUUCGGUAUUUACAGUGGAUCAUGAUGCAGAUGACGAAAUGGAGGAACUUUCAACUACUCCCACACCUGCCACUUUCAAUCAAGUAAUUGGUAACCGUGGCAACAGGAGAGCAACUUCCGACAGCUUUGACAAUUCAGCAGCAAAGCUCUCCAUUGCAAAUGCCAAGGGGGUUGAUUUCAGGGGGGAAUCGAUAACCUUCAAAGCUACUACUGCGGGGAUCCUAGCAACACUUCAACAUUGCAUUGAUAUCAUGAAUAAGAGAGAAGACCAUUGGCAAAGGAGAUUAGACAAGGUGCCAUUACUUCAGUGUUUCUUUUUACCAGACAAAUAGACAUGCAUGCACUGUAUUUAAUUUUCUGUAGAGCAGGGUUCCACUGUACUUCAAUAUUGGACCUUAAUUUUGACUAAUAUAAUUUAUUCAUGUUAAACAUUUGGAACCAGAGGAAAAAGUCCCGAUACAGCCUCAGUUAACGAAGGUCUAGUUUAUUGAGGUGUGACUGCCUGUAUACUUGUAAAUCUACUCUUUUUUGUUUGUUUGUAUUUUGUUGUUGUUGUUGUUUUGUUUUUCAGUAUGCUGCUUGGUUCGCAAGAUACAGUGGUGUAUAAAAGCUGUGUUUGUUUUUAUUUAGGAAAUAGAGAAACGUAAGAAGGCAGAGGCAGCAGUCAAAACAGCAGUUAUAAAUGCUAGGAAGCAAGCAUUUAUUGGAGGGCCAGACUUUGAGGUAAUCACAUUGUAUUAAUGUGUAAAUAGCUUGCAUUAAAGCAACCUCUUCAAAUCUGUGUAGGAACUUAAACUGCUGUUAUGUAUUCAGUUACCGGUACUAGAUUUUCAUAGAGAGUGUUAAUGCAUCCAGAAAUAGACUGAGCUGUAAUAUAUUGAGUAACACUUGAAUGUUCAUAAAUUGAUGUCAGGCAUUAUUUUAAUCUUUUUUGGACUAGGAAAGGUAAAGAGUCAUUUACUGAUAUUAAGUCUUAUGUAGAUUUGUUGUCAUCUAUUUGAUGCUUACAGGAAGGGCCUCACAGUGUUUUAAAUGAAGAAGAAUUUUAUGAUGCAAUAGAAGUAGCUCUUGAUCGACAGGAUGAGGUGGAUGCUUUGGUAAGACUGUCUGAUUGCUGGCGACAAGGGGAGACCGCAAUCCUAAUCUCCAGGUUGCUAUUACGCGUUUAUGGCACGUAUGUAGCCAACUUCGUUUGGACUUCCACCAAGAAUGAAUAAAGUGCACAGAACGCAAUCUGGUCAUGUGCAUUUGGACCUUCUACCACUCAUAAUCUGAUCACGCAUGGUUUAACCAUGUUUUAAACAUCUAUCACGUGAAACUCAUGCAAAUCACAGCAAUGGGGGAAAAGUAUUUUGACAUUAUCUUUGUCACCUGCACUCCCAGUACCUUUACUAGUAUACUUGUAUAAAGGACAAAACUGUCAUUUGAAGUUUCUAGAAUUGAGAGUUUUCUAGAAAUCGCCCUCCCCCAUCCACUGAAAGUAUUUGUCUAUUAUUGAAUUUGCUGUGAAAUUUAAUCAUUCAGCUACUGGGGAAUAUGUUUUGAACUAGUAACAUCUUUAUUUUGGUUGAAAUUAACAUUGCAGGAGGAUUUUCAAGGAAGUACAUUUGUGCCUCCAUCAGAACUAACUGAAGAAGAACCUGAUCACAGAUUAAAAGCAGAGGUAAAGACAUAUGCCGACAUGAACAUCAUAAUUAUCACUUUAAAGUUCAUGUUAGAAUGACAAACCUCACUGCUUACACUGUACUCUAACCCCACUCCUACCUGUACAAGUUGCCCUUUUUUCCAUUUUUUUUUUGGUAAAAUCUAAGCACUUAAGCAUGUCACAUCGGGUUUUUGUGUGAAAGGCUUCACUCAAUAAUUGUAAUUCACUCAAUUGUGUAAUUAUUACACAAAGUAAGGAAAAAAAUCACCAUUCUACAUGAUAUAAUAACUUAUUGCAAAGCGUACAUUUUCUAUUUAGUUGUUCUUAUUGUGCUGCACUGAUUUUAAUUUGUAGGUUAACAAGAAUGUCAAGGAAUGUCUCCAGAUUGUUUUAGAAAAUGUGGACGACAACUGGAACUUGGUUUACGAAGAUGGAGAAAUGAAGGUCUGGGCUGCUAUAAACUUUUAAGCUACAAGAAUGACCAACAUCACUUAGGAUAUCCUUUUUCUCGUUACAAUAUCAAUACACAAUCAAGAGAAAUUAGUUUAAGAAUAAUAUUAAUGAAAUGAUUACAAAAGGGAAAAUGCUUUGAUCAUGAAUCACAUUCUCUCAGCUAAUUGCUUAAGGAAAUCUAUCAAGUUCAGUCUGGAAAAUUUUAUGUGGAAAUUGAAUUGAGGCUUCAAUAUCAGAGAUUUCAGCUUUUUUGUCACAUGGACUUGGUUAUCUGUUGGCAUAGAUGAGAUACCAUUCUGAAAAGUUAAUUCAAACUGUUUUCAUGUUUCAGUAAUGUUACAUACGUUAAACAGUAUUCAAGAUGUUUUUCACAUGACAAGUACAAUACUAAAUUUGAAACGUUGAUCAGUUCAUGUUAAAGUCUUCGUACACUUAAAAGAUGCUGAUCAAUAAGCCUGUUACACCAUGCCCAUAAACUGCAGUAAAUCCCAUGGUGUUACCUUUUAUUUCAUAGGAUUUUUCAAAAAAAAAUUUUUGGCCUUUUGUUAUAUUUUCUUUGGUCACUAUUAGACAGGAAAGGUUAAUCUUAAGUAAUUUAUUUUGAUUUGUUAUUAGGUAUACCGUCGUGAUUAUGAAGAAGGAGGAAUUGUCCUUGAUCCUAUGAAAGCUACACAUACUGUUAAGGUAAACUUACUUCAAAACAGGAUUUAAAGCUGUCAAUCUCAUUCUCAGGGGCCUCUCGGUGGAAGAGUAGGAGAGGAACCUGGGAACAAGGUUGGUACCUCUUUGUUAAGUCUUUUGUUUUUGCCAGAUGUUGUCCAAUCUGAAACGUUGGUUCUGUUUGAAUUACAGGGUGUCACAGCAAGAGAAAUGGCCCACUACUUCUAUGACAAAGAUGUUCGCAUGGACUGGGAAUGUAUGUUGCACUGAUAUUAUUUUUUCCUGUUUCAAUAUGAUAAAUGUGGAAUAAAACCGGUGAUAAUCAGCCCUGGGAAGGCUUUUAUCCUGGGAUGAUCAUAACCGGAAUGAAAAAACGCUUCAGAACACACUACAGCAGUGCAGAUCAAAAUACAUUUUUCAUUUACUUAACAAUUUUUGAAUGAGGCUGAGUAUCUUAUGAAGAAUUAUGGAGAUCGAGGAGGGUGUUAUCGAUAACACCCUCCGAGAUCUUCAUAAUUCUUGAUAUGAUACGAAAGCCGAAUUCAAUAAUUAUUGUUCUGUUAUUCAUUCAAAAUAAUUCCUAGUUUAAACACAAAGCUAAAACAUGCUUACCUCCAUCGAUGUUAAGCUCACCUUCGAUAGUGCACGUUUAGGGUUUUUCAGCUCCGCAAAUGUUCUCCAAAUAGCAGAUGUCACCCUUCGAGUUGUGUUCUUGCUGUUCUUGCCAUGUUUUUAGCUAUAAUUUCGCCUAGUUCUUACUCUUGAAACGAGUAUCUGCCAUUUUUUGUUUUCACAACCAAAACAACUCAACCUCGUCCCCAGGUCUUCUCGGUUAACAGUGCCUUAACCUGCAAAAACGCUGCAUUUUUGGCGUCAUUUCCUCGUUAAACACAAAAUUCUUUCAAAUUUGGUCAUCAGUAACUGGUUAUGGUGAAUUAUACGUGUGCUUUUAGCCAAUCAGAAUCGGGGAAAUAUUUUGAAUGAAUGAUAAUGGUUUUUGAUUAACCUUCAAAACGUCCUUAUAAAUCGAAUUCAUGUCAAUAUAUUUGGAGGGGGGCUGAUUUAAUCGGAUGCAUUUUUUUGGUGUACAGAUAGCCUGAAACUGGGAGGGAUUUUAAGUGGUGGUGGGGGAGCAGGGCUUAUAAUUGUGGCAGUUUAUGGAAUAAAGAGAAAUACAAUGCUAUGCAUAUGACUAAGCCAAGCUGCCAUUAAUAUAAAGUUACUCUGCUUUUACUUCACAAUGCACUUGUUCAUAACUUUCUCAUUUUGUUAAACAACAUUUUUUUGUUCUUUCAAAGCUACUUUAGAGUCCACAAAGGUAUUGGAACAACUUAGUGACAGUACAUUAAUUAUACAUCAAAUUUAUAAACGAGUUUGGCCAUCCUCCCAAAGGGACACAGUGUUCCUCUCACAUAUCCGUGAGAUUUCAGCAUAUGAUGCUGGUGAGAGACAAGAGAAUGAAGUGGGCCGACCAUGGAUUGUGUGCAACUAUUCUAUAGAUCAUCCAGAUGCACCGGUAUGUAGUGGUUUUAGGUUACAUUAGCCCUUUCUACAAACCAUAAUGAGUUUUUAAACAUAAGUAAGCUUAGCUAACAAAAUUUAAGUAGUUAACAAUACUCGUUCACUUCAGAAGCUCCCCUUUACAUGUGAGCAACAACAAAAUUCUUUCCUGCUUCGUUCGUAAAGCUAUAAAGACGACUGUUAAACUCUUUUUAGACAUCAGAUGUAGCAUAAGGGACAAGAAAAGCAUUUAAUAUACACGACCAAAUUAGAUUGAUUGAUUGAUUGAUUAAUACUAUGGUGCAAGCCUGUCGUUGGAGAAUGAAAUACCAAAAUUAAGUUUGAUCAAGUGAAAUUAUAUGGUUUCAUACCCUAAAAUAGACGACUGUUAAAGAUCUUUUUUAUUUGUUCAACUUUCUUUUCGAACCGCAGUUUUACCGCAUAAUCACAGUUUAGUAUUAAAGAACCUGGUCUAACCGCGGUUUGCAGUUACCCGUUUGCGAUUCGACGUUCAAACAUAAUUUUGCUGGCUAAAGUUGUUUUGUCGAUUUUUUAGACCAACUAGGUGGAUUUUACUAAAACAAUUAUUCCUCUCACCCUCAUGGCCUCUGGCGGUUUAGGAUUAAACCUUAACCGCGGUUUGCAGUUACCGCCAUUUUGAACCAGCAUUAAAUUACGCCAUUUUGAACUAGAUGAAUGGCACUUGUUUUCAAGAUCCAAUAGGAUUUAUAAAAUUUAGCAUUUCGCCCGAAUUUGUGCCUCUGUUAAUGGAUAAAUACUUGCUCCACAAGUUUUUUGUAUCAUUACGUGGGAUGAAACAAGAAUUAUACGCUAAAAGCUUUCAGGUAAAUGACAUACGUGAAAACCUACCUCCCCACGUUGAAAACGCACGUCGUAAACCUCAGACGUGACGCGAAAGACCUGUCACGUGACCUCCAGCGGUUAGAGGUUCGCGGUAAACUCGGAUCUAAAACUUUCUGUUAGCCCAUUCGGGUUCGAGGAAUAAUUGUUAAAUAUCCCUACAUAAUACACUACAAUGACAUAUUUUAUCAAUAUCUUGCACUUUUUUAUUAGACAAACAAGUACAUUCGGGCAGUUGCCGUGGUGAGCUUAUUUUGUCAAACAUUAAUUGAACCCAGAGAAGAAGGAAUGAAGCUUAAUCGACACCACAUAUCCUGCAAAAUUACCUACACUGCCAAUGGUAAGACCAUGUUAUUAUCACUGAGUGUUAAAUGGUACAAAUAUUCAUAGGUUGGUAAAAGCGCAUCUUGAGCAGAUCCUUGUCAAAUCUUUUGUGAUAACGAGCACAUCUCAAACCUGCUGCUGUGAUGUCGAGGAUUGCAAGUUAAUGAGAGUCACGCUCUUUAAGUUCCGAGUUUUCUUGCAUUUCUGGACACAGGUGACAUUACAGAUCGACGUAAAAUUUACAAUUUUGGAAUAUUAUGAACUGAGCAAGGAUGACACAGUGGUGAAAGUACUCACCUCGCAAAACCGAAUUUACCUCGCAGGUAGCUGAUAGGAUUUUUGUAGGCCUUCAUAAAUGCGCUACACAGUCGUACGUUCAAUUUUAAGUUCAAGUUUUGAAUAGAUGCAGAGUUAAUCCAAAUUACCCACGUUUAGUUGGUAUCAGUGUUUGAUUGGAGAAAUUAAGUAUUACUCGGAUAGUAGGGCCGGACCGUGCGCGCAAAGAAAACGGAAGGAAGAGAGAAAAGAUUCAUAUAUAAAAUUGUGAUAAACCUGCAUUCCUCUUUAUUUUUUCCAUAGUUAAUCCCGGAGGCUGGGCUCCACCUUCAGUUGUACGUGCAGUUUCUAAACGAGAAUACCCGAAAUUUCUCCGUAAAAUCAGCUCUUUCUGUCAAAACGCCUGUAAGGACAAGUCCAUAACCAUGUGAAUCAGCAGUAAUCGGCCAAGCACAAUGCGUAUGAGUGCCUUGGUAAUGUAUCAGUCUUGACAGGUGGAACUAAAGGAAGCCAGUCUGGAAAUCGUUCAGUAUGGAGUUAAAUGGCAGCAAGGAAUUCAAAGCUUCUCCUUGAAGGCAGAGAAUUAAUCAAGCAUCUCAGAAUAUCAGUGGGCAAAUAAUUAUCACCUGACGUGUAAUUAUCUGCAUAUCAAUGCCGUGCCAGUAUGAUCCGCCAGGCUGAGUCCAUGGCUUUAUCGCGGCAAUGGACCAAGAGAUUUUUAAAUGUUAGAAACCAGUCCUUGUUGGCUUGCGGACAGAAUGAUUACCCUAUUUCUUCUUCAGUACUAAAAUUCAGCACCAUGUGAAUUGUGGCAGAAGAGGAAACAAUAGUUUCACAGGAAAUUAGGAUAACUUUUAGCCUCAGAGAAUUUAUUUGUUUUUCUGUGUUCCAAAUUGAAUUUCCACUUGCGACAAUUUUAGAUUUGGGGUGCAUUCGAUUGGGAAAUUUGGAUGUAGAUUAAGUUUUGAAAUGGAUAUUUCGGAUUUUGCAAUGAAACACGAAAUCCGUCACCAAGCUGGUGGAUUUCAUCUAAGAAAUCCAAUUCCUGAUUUGUUUUUUUUAGGAAAUCCGAAAUUAGGAAUUGCAAAACUUUUCUCUUGAACAGCGGACAUCCACGAAGUUCUCGUCUUUGAAAUCAGUAUUUGGUUUUCAUGUAUUAAUGUAAAUCCAAAAUCCGGAUUUCUUAAUCUAAAUCCAGAUGUCCUAGUCGAAAGCGCCCUUUACUAUUGUACAAUUGUAAUUGGAUGGUUUUACUCAGAGAUUUGUUCCACUUACUCUAAAAUUAGAGCUAAAGCAUAAUGAAAGUCACCCAAAUGAACAACUACAUAGUAGUUUUGUUUUGAAUAGCCUCACGACAUAUUUGUUUUGAAACAGCGAAGAAAUUUGUAUUAGAAUUUUCUCUUAUUUCAAGCACUCAACGGUGUUCGCAUUUUCUACGUUUCUUUUUUAUAUGCUGGGUUUGGCGAUGUAGGGGUUACUUUGAAGUCAAAUUUGCCUGUUUGGGCCAUUUAAGAGAGGAGGGGGAGUCUGUACACAGGCUACUUUUGAUUCAGAUUCUUAACCCUUUCGUCUCUUUAAAAUUCUUUUUAUACAAUGAAAUCUGCAAACUUAACUUUAUCUCCUCAUUUUUGAAAGUCCUUGGGUGCUUAUCACUUACAUGGGAAAUCCGGAAAUUGUGGUUGGAAAAUCCAAUGGUUCGUACCAUUCCUUUUGAAGAGAUUCAGCAUUUUAGGCCAUGCCAUUUUGCUACUCUUUUUUAAUCUGUUUUGCUGCUUUGAAUAUUUCAUACAUUGUAGCGGGUCGUUCUCCCACCAUGUCAAAUUUUAUAGUUUUAUUUUUUGCACUAGAUUCUUCACCCGGGUGGUUUGUGUAAUUGGUAAGCAUCCCCUGAACAAUAAAUGUACAGCUAUUUUAACGUAUAUUGUAAAUGACAAAUAACAACGAAUAUUGAAUUGAAAAAGUCGCGGUGUAAGGAAGUGCCUGUUGGUCUAUUUUCCUUGAACAGGGGAACUGAUUUCAGAUGUCAGCCAGAUUUUUAACUGAGAACCCUUUUUCGUGUUUGAUUUAGCUUCUCAAACCAGUCAAACCAUCUAUAGCUCAAAGAAACAUUCCAAAUUAUUAUUGCGUCUCAUGCAUCGCGGCUUUCUGGUGGUCUUUUUAUGAUUUGUGGACGCGUUUAAGAACAUAAUUUCAUGCCAUGAUGGAUUUCGAGAUUGUUGAGAGUUUGAGACAGGUUUACAAGGUUCCGGGCAAAUUUUUGAACGGACGAAUUUUUUACCUGUGCGACCUGUUAGCACGGAACCGUUUAAAUUUGUUACAGGAUUGCAGCACUGCUUACACGAAUCCUUCUGAUCAGGUGAAAAAUUCGCAUGGUUCUGCGGUCCAGUGCAAACAAGACGCGGAUUCGUGCAAGUUUUUGUGCGUUCAAAACUGAUUUUGCCGGACCCCUGUAAACCAGGUCUGAGAUCGUUAAUUUUAUGUUUAAAUGGGAGAAAUAUAGGUGAAAAACUGUAAGAGAUUUUUGGAAGGCAAUGGAAGAUUAAGAGGACAAUAAUAUAUUUUGAAGGUGAAAAGUUAACAUUAAUUAUAGGCGAGUAUCAUAAGCAAUAUUUAUGUAAGCUUUUUGAUAGACUGGAAGGACUGACUUCUGAGGAAAUCAAAGACAAUUAGCAAAUGAAAAAAUUGUGUUUUUAUAAUGGUGUAAACCCUGUAAUAUUAAUAAGUAUUACUGAAUAUGAAGUUAAUACUGCC